CUCCUUUUCCUCAGGUGAGCAUGCGCAAGGGCUCAGCGUGCCAUAGCAACCAAAGCAGUAGACAGUAGCAACCAGAAUCAUAAUAAUGGAAGGGCAUUCAUUGGAAGAAAGACCCGAAUAGUUCAUGCAGACUAUUCAUUAUCCAGGAAUUGUCUGAGUAUUAGGAAUCACCUUCAGUAGAAUGGCAAAAGCAACAACUAUCAAGGAGGCGCUAGCUAAAUGGGAAGAAAAAAAUGGUCAGAAGCCAUCAGAGGCCAAGGAAGUAAAACUUUAUGCCCAGAUUCCUCCUAUAGAGAAGAUGGAUGCAUCUCUUUCAUCUCUUGUUAACUGCGAAAAGCUGUCCUUAUCUACAAACUGCAUUGAAAAAAUCGCCAACUUGAAUGGCCUGAAAAACUUGAGGAUUUUGUCAUUGGGAAGAAAUAACAUAAAGAAUCUUAAUGGGCUGGAAGCAGUUGGAGAUACAUUAGAGGAGUUAUGGAUAUCAUACAACCUAAUUGAGAAAUUAAAAGGACUCCAUGUGAUGAAGAAGCUGAAGAUACUCUACAUGUCCAAUAAUAUGGUGAAGGACUGGGCAGAGUUUGUGAGGCUGGCAGAAUUGCCAUUACUGGAGGAUCUGGUGUUUGUAGGCAAUCCUCUGGAAGAGAAAUACUCUGCUGACUCUCAGAAUGCUUGGGUUGAGGAAGCAACCAAACGAGUUCCCCGACUGAAGAAACUUGAUGGUAUUCCAGUUAUUAAACAGGAAGAAGGUGAAGAAGGAGAAAACUAGCAUCACUGUACCUUCUUAUCUGUUAAGUUAUUGAUGUAUCUCCAGCACUAUACAGUAUGUGAAGCUUUUGUAUAAACUUGUCUUUGAAGAAGAUCCUGGGUGACAUUUUUAUCUGGUUCAUCCCCAUGUUCUCCUUUCUCACCCAAAGAGUUGUUUACCAAA